UUAAAUUCCAAAACCCCCAACUCCCUUUCUCUCUUGAUUUCUCUUCUCAAUCUCUCUCUAAAAACUCCUCAAUACCCAAUCCCCUUGCCGGAGUCCAUCAAUCCGUACAUCUUCUCCGGUGAUAUCACCGGAUUUAUCCUCGGAAACCUUCUCGAUUUCCUCAAUCCCAGCCUUUUUUUUUUAAGCCCCUUGUUGUCCCCUUAUAGAUCUAUUCGACCACCUUAUUUCCGAAAAUACCCUUCAACUUCUCUCAUUUUUCAAAUUCAGGAAAAGGUUCAUUUCUAAUUUGGAAAAUCUAAUCUUAUCGCAGACGUGGCAUUCGGAGAGGUGUGCGAUGUCGAGCGGCGGACCGGUCGGAUUGGUGACACAUGGCGUGUCUCGGAAGCGGAAGGACCGCUGCUCGUCCGACCCUUCUGAGCCGGCUAGUACUAACUGGCUCUUGGCUGGGUACCUGGCCCACGAGUUCCUCACUAAAGGCACCUUAUUGGGUCGGGUUUGCGUUUCGGAUCCGUCUAAACCCGACCCGGUAACCAAGCCAAACCCGAAACCCGAGCUGGAGAAAGCGAAGGCGCUGAGAGAGUACGCUGACGUGGCGAAGCUAAUGAAGGUUGAUGGGGUCCACAUCCCGGGCAUCGUGAACCCCACCCAACUGGCUCAGUGGUUGCAGAUGUGAUAUAAUACCUCGCGGAGCACCUCACCGCGUGACUGGACACGUGGACGAGUUUUAUUGGGGAUCAGGUUAUACUUUUAAGAAGCCGGAGGAGUAGCAGACCGCGUAGCGUGGCUUCGCUUUGUCUCGUCGUGCAUGAGACUUUCGAGGUGGCUCAGUGAAGUCUGGAACGAAAGAAGGUAUAAAGAAAAGAAAAUUAAUCAUGUUUUUACUUUUUU